AUGUCCAAAGACCUGGUGUACCUGAGCGUGCACUUUUCCCACCCGGACCAGGUGGAAUUCAUGGAAGACUGGAGAAACUACCACGUGCCUUUUGACGAUAUCGACACAUCCCAGCUUUUUCAGGCUCUGGCGAACAUCUUUCCUCAGUUUCUAUUGGAAGAAGAAGAAGACGGAGCCAUUCCGCUCAGCCUGGCUACUUUCAGCUCAAAAGUUAACAAAAACAAAAACAUGCUUCGCCAGCCGAUCUGGACGGAUUUGGGCACAGACCACUUGAGAAGCGACUCCAAAACGUCAAAACUACCGGAUCAAACGAUCCUCAAACCACUACAUAGUGCUGUAGGAGACGACAGUUUGACAGACUUCCUUUCCAACGGCUACAACGCUGAGUUUUCCGUCUUGUCCCAGGACAACUACAACGUCUCUGACAGCUGGCUGAACGUGACGUCUGACUUCCCAGUAAACCACACCUUCAGCAACGUCAGGAUGCGUUCUACAAGCGGGCCUCAUCGCCAACCAAGCGACUACCCGGCAUUGCACACGCCGCAGGUCGGCAGAACCCGCCAGAUGUCGCUGGACAAGUACCAGACUCCCAUUGGGCGCAUAGUGCGGUAG